AUGAGUGAGCUGGACGUCGUUGAGCCCCUUGACUUGAUCAAGUUGUCCUUGGACGAAACUGUCUACAUAAAGCUUCGUGGUGCCAGAGAAAUAGUGGGCACUUUGCAUGGCUACGACUCUCACUGUAACAUGGUUUUAGGCGACACAGUGGAGACGAUAUUUCUCGUUGAUCAAAACGACCCCAAGAAGUUUGUCAAAAAGAUCAAAAAACACGAUAUGCUUUUUGUGAGAGGUGAUUCUGUCAUAUUGGUUACUUCUCCUGAUUUCGACGAGGUGUGA